AUGCAUGUUGUGCGAGGUUUGGACCAGCAGCUGCAACGCAAAGCCGCAGGCCGACUGUUCGCACGCGCCUUGCGGGCUACGAAUCCAGCGCGCCGAGCGGAGCCAGAGCCCUCCGAUCCCUCCGAUGCAACCGUGGCCCCGGCGAGAGAGACUUGGACAGCCUUCCCCAAAGACAGUGACAUCCAUUCGCAGAUGUGCAGUACGGGGCGGGUCGACCCCUUUGACGUCGGAUACGCUUGCAAAGAUAUUCCAGAUCACCAGCCCGACGGCAGGGCUGCUAAGCAGCCGCUGAGCCGGGUCUGGCAGUCAGCCAAAGUGCUCGACGAUGGCAAGACUGUGUACAUCGGGCACGAGCAGCCCAUCGAGGUCUUCCGGGCAAAGCUCCCGAACGGCCGUGAGCAGCUGCUUACAACGGAAGGGUGGAAGUUAUGGAUUCUGCAGCGCUCCGCCCUCGCCCGCUACCCCAAGAAGGCGGUCAUCGCCCCGAAGAUCCUGAUGGACGAGGACGCCAUCAACGAUAAAAUCAAAGACGCCGACAUCCCGGACGACGUAGAUGCUACGUACAUGAAGUCCGAGGACGGCAAAUGCACGUAUUUUUCCUGGAGGGACGUGCUGGCCAGCAAGUCCCAGUCGAAGUGA